AUGGUGACCCUUAUAACACGGACUAUUCCAAAGAAAAACCUUCAUCUGGAAUUCCAUUUGCGGAUACCAGAACAUUCUCCUCAAGGUGGUCGAGUGGGUAGUCUAAAGACAAACACUAGUGUUAUAACUAAUUACACAGACUUCCAUAUCUUCGAGGUACAGAACACACUUACGAUCGACCGGAACACAGGCAGUAUCUCGAUCAUAAAGGAUCUCGACAGAGAGUCAGGACCUUCACUCUCAUUCACAAUCAUGGGUGUGGACAGAGAUAUGUACUGUGAACUGGUGAUUCUUGGAACAAUGCAUGUUGUAAUAGAGGACAUCAAUGACCACUCUCCUCAGUUUGACUCCAGUUCAUAUGACGUUUCGUUAUUGGAGAACGACAGGACAACGAUCUACAAACAUGUGCUCAGUGUUACAGUCUUCGAUCCUGAUGAGGGCCAAAAUGGAAAAUCACAUUUUUCUUUGACCGGCCAAUACCAAGACCGUUUCCAAGUGGACACUACCGAUGGUAAAACUGCAAAAAUAUUUACAACAACAAUAUUUGACAGAGAAACGAUCCCACGUCUGAAACUUUAUCUCUUGGCCAAAGAUGGCAACGCAUCAGGCGUACAUACGAGUACCUCAACCAUCAACGUCCACGUGCUCGACGUCAACGAUAACGCUCCAGUUUUUGGCCAUCAGGUUGGAACUACUCUAACAAUUCGUGAGAACGCAGACCCGUAUUGUAUAGGUAACAUAUCAGCUACCGAUAAGGAUGAAGGUGUCAACGGAACGGUGUCUUUCAUCGUUGCUGGUGGAAGUGGGUAUUUUGAGAUAGGACGAUACAAUGGAAUUCUUUGUUCAAAGGAGAGGGUUGAUAGAGAGGUUUACAGUACUUUUAAUCUUUCACUUGAAGCUUUCGAUCACGGCCAACCACAACUGAAGUCAUUACUACAUAUCACGGUCAACGUGCUUGAUGAGAAUGAUAACCCACCACGAUUUAUAAAUCCAGUGAUGGCAUCAUAUCCUGAAAACAAGACAUGCAAAUCACCAGUCAUUACUAUGAAGGCGGUAGAUGAUGAUGCAGACAAAACAAUUACCUACAACUUGUCAAACACUUAUUUCAAGAUUAACAGCACUACUGGAGUUGUACGGUGCAAGCAGCUUCUUGACUUUGAAACGCAAAGGCUUCACACCUUCACCGUGGUUGCUGUGGAUUCGGGGAAGCCCGUGAGAAGUGCUUCUACAACAGUUGUGGUCUCUGUACAGGAUGUCAACGAUAACAAGCCUGUUUUCUCCAAAUCUAAGUAUGCUACACAGGUUUUGAUAUCACAUUGGGUUGCUAACAAACCAAUUCUUGUCCUCAAUGCAUCGGACGCCGAUUCGGGAAAAUAUGGAGAAGUGACAUUCCAUAUGCCCGGCCGGAAUCUUUCUCAAUAUUUCACAGUUGCUGGAAACGUUGUUCGAACAGUAACACCACAUGCUCCAUCAAUUGGUAACUACACGUUUAACAUCACCGCUACGGACGGAAGAUCACCACCAAACAUAGCGAGAGCGCAAGUAGUAAUAUAUUUAUCAACUAUCUCAUCUUACUUUUCCCCGGAUAAUUCGUCUCGGCCACUUCCGUUUCGGAACUGGUUUCCGCACAGCGAGAUCAGUUUUUCUGUUAUUGAGAACAGAAACUACUCAACAAAGGCAAUAGGCAUCGUCAAUGCAAACGGAACACGCAUGGGCACGAUCACAUAUGCACUCGUGGAAAAAAAUGGAUCAUUCAUUUUGAACGGCACAUCGGGAAGUCUGUUUUACAGAGGUCAGUUUGACCGAGAGAAGAAGUCGCUUCAUCAGCUGAUGAUCAGAGCCAAGCUGACGAAUGGAAGUGAUUACGAUCUUAUUCUUAUAAGUAUCCAUGUGUCUGACGUCAAUGACAACAAACCACGUUUCAAACCGAGCAGCCACCUGACUAUCUACCUUAAUGAGACUAUACCAAAAGACACUUUAGUGACCAAUAUCAACGCCACCGACCCCGAUGUCGGACCCAACGGCAACGUGACCUAUAUGUUGUCACCCGAUACAGAAUUCAAAAUCGGAGCGAGAACUGGAGCAGUGACUGUAGCACAGAUGCUGGAUGUUGAUUCGUCGAAUAGCAGCCAUCGUCAUCUUCGGGUUAUUGCCAGAGAUCAGGGAGACCCGCCACAAACGUCAACGACGUCAUUACAUAUCGUCCUCGUGGACGUCAACGACAACGCCCCCGAAUUUACCCAACCCAGAUACACCUUUCAUGUCAAGGAAAAUGCUGAAGUUAAUGACAUGGUAAAAGUGAAUAUCUCACUGAGGGCGUAUGACAGAGAUUCAGAAAAGUCUACGAACGGACGCGUCAUUUACGGCAGGACUAUGGUUGCCGUCGGAGAACAAGGAAGCUGUCCUUUCUACGUAUCAGAAAAUGGCGAUAUCAGCGUCAGUAAGAAAAUCGACUACGAGACAAAACGAAAGUACACCUGCCUCGCGACUGCCUCUGAUAUGCCAGUCGACGGUAACAGCAAGAAUGCCACAGCACUGGUGGAUAUCUUCUUGGAUGACGUCAACGACAAUGCCCCUGAAUUUAAGAAUAUUCCACGUUUUGUCAAUGUCUCUCGUGAUGUUCCAGUCGGCACCGUUGUUACCGACGCCGUAGUAGCCACAGACAGCGACACCGAUAGUUGUAACGGGGCGAUCGUAUACUCCCUCACCAGCGCUAACAGAAGGUAUUUCAGCGUUGAUGCCCUUUCCGGGAAUAUAACCGUCCAACAUCCUCUCUGGGCCUUGCCUCCGGUAGUGACACUGACUAUCGUUGCAGUAGACAUGCCACAGUUCGACGCCCCUCUGAAUAACUCUGUACACGUGGUUGUAGGCAUUUAUGGCAACAUUCGGGCACGGUUUGUAAAACCUCGAUAUACAGCAACAGUCCAGGAGGAGGCCGACCCAGUGAGUGAUAUUGUGCAGGUUGUUGCAACAGGACAUCACUACAGCCAAGGAACCGUCAGCAGUCGGAGAUACGUAUACUCACUGCAGGCUGGACAGUUCUCCCACUACUUCCGUAUCAACAACUUCAACGGGAUGGUGAGUCAGAUGCGGCCAGUAGACCGGGAGGUGACGGGGGGCUCCAUACCACUGUACGUCACGGUGACGGAAGGAAUGUCUCCAACCAGCAUGGACACUGCCGUCAUCAACGUCACUGUAGAUGACAUCAAUGACAACGUACCCAUAUUCACAUCAAGGCAACAAAAACAGACAUUUGUCAUUAAUCAGACAGCUCACGUGGGUAGCGUGAUUGGCCGAAUUGCAUCCUUUGACCCCGACGACCCCGCAACGUCGUCCGCAGUGUACAGACCGAUUAUAGCCAAUAGGAGCAUCUCGUUGGACUCCUCCGGUGUGCUUACAGUUAAAGAACCGUUGGUCAAGCACGGAGUUGAGUUCUACACAAUACAGCUGAUGGUAGGCGUGUCUGAUGGCUCCAAACUCCAGGGUGUGUCCGUUUACCAGCUCACGAACCAAACCACGUCCGCCCUUGUUAUCAUAAAUGUCACGCAGGUGGGAAACUCUCACGCUCCAAUCUUUACACAAGACAUAUAUGGAGCAAACAUCUCCUCAACAUCCCGUCAGGACCAAACCAUCCCUAUCCCUGAGUUCAACGCAAAUGACGGAGACGGCGACAACAUUACAUACUCCAUUGUGUCCGGUAACGUCCGGGAUAUAUUCCACGUGGACAGAGUGUCUGGAGUUAUCUCCAUCCAGUAUGACCUUGACAGUACAAUUCCUCGUGUAAUAAACCUCACUGUCGCAGCGGUGGACAGUGGAUCUGUAUCAAAAUCUAGCACAUGUGUAAUCACAAUCAGUCAGGUUGGCUCCGAUACAAGAAAUUGCUUCUCCUCAGAUGAACUUAACAACCAGAUCCAGACUGAGAUAAACAAGGUGUAUCCGUUUGUCGUUGGCGUGGUGGCUGGCCUGAUGGUUGCUGCUGUUGUUGUAGCCAUUGUGUUGGCUGUCAAACUACGCAUGUCCAGGAAGCUAUUAAGUCAACUAUACUGCACCAACACCGUGCUUUCAUCCAAGGUGGAUGACAAUGGGCAGCGCAUGCGCUAUGCUAGAUCAAGUGUUGACCGCGACUACCGAGAGGCACGGCCGUACACAAGCAUUGCUGAUCUGAGCGAAAUAUUUUACAUUGAGGAUGGUUCCCUGAGCAAGACGGGUACCACUCUGCGAAGUCACACGUACAGCGAUGCUGACCCAGACUACGAGUCGAUCCAGAACGACACAUGUGGAAGAUACAAGGGGCAUCUGUAGUGUGUUCCAGUGUUCAGUCAAGACAAUAUCCAUGUGUUGUGUGCGUGAGUUAAGGUUUACGCCGUUUUUAGCAUUAUUCCAGAAAACAUCACGGCGGGGAACACCAGAAAUGGGCUUCACACAUUGUACCCAUUUGGGAAUCGAACCCGGGUCUUCGGCGUGACGAGCGAAAGCUUUAACCACUAGGCUACCCCACCGCCCCCAUGUGUUGUGUGUGACAUGUGUAUGCAUGACGUAACAUUCCAGGGGGAGCCUGAUAAUGGUACACUACCCAAUCUACCCAGGUACUCCAAGAAAGUAUUUGGAGGGAUUAUGUCGGUAUUGUGUAUUGGUUAUCUCCCUGAGGUGACAUCUGCAAAGCCAUGUUUGACUAACAUCAUUAGAAUGUUAAACAAACAUAUGCCAUGCACGUUAAACAGUUAUAGGGUGCAAUGGAUGUGCAACAUUUAAAACGACGCACUGAUUAGCUUUGGGAGCCAUAGGUCAAGCUUGAUAUAAAUUCAUAAUGUCU